GGGUUGGUCUCGAUGAUCUCUAGAGGUCCCUUCCAACCCCUACAAUUCUGUGAUUCUGUGUGGGAGAGGAGCAGGGGUAGCAGCGGGAUGUGUGGACGGGAUUCUGCAGGGUCCAUCAGCUCAGGUGCUUCACCUGAAGCCGUGGCCGCGAAGCCCCUGAAGCCAUGCCCGGCUCCUCCUCCACCCGAAGGGCACCAAAUCUGUUUGUCGCAUCUUGAGGAGGAGCGACAGCCUUUCCAUCCUCCGUCUCCACGUGGUGCGGAGCCCACCUGCAUCUCCCCCACCGCGGGGGGUUGAGGCUCGUGAAGCUGCAGGCUCUGUAGGAACAGCCUCUCCACCUCUUGCUCAUCUUCACAAAAGCCACACAGCCUCCUUCCUCCUCGCCCCAGCGGCGUUACUCAACGCCACCUCCACAGCUCCUGCAGAAGAGAUGCCCCACGUUGCCUCACCAAAAAACCCUUCUCGCCUCCGUUUCUGAUGGCUGUCCUCUUUUCCAUCCUUUCCUUCUGCGUUUGGAGCUUUGUGGAGCUGCCCAGACCAGGAUUUACGUGGCUGCUGCCUCUGCUCCCCGCAGGUUCAGGAGGUUCUCUCUGCUGAUGGUUGCAGGCAGAGCAAACACGCUUCCUUCUGGCUGAUUCAGCUCUCGCCUCCUCCACGAGCCCUCUCGGGGGCUCUUUGCACCAUUCCUAGUCUAGCACUUUUAGAAAAUGUGCUAAUUAAAUGCCUGGGCUGUGUGGAUUGCUUCCCUCAUGGCUGCGUACCUCCCUCACCCUCUGGAGGAGCUCCUGGAAGGGAGUGGGGAAGCACAGCCGUGCUCCUCCCGCCCUGCGUGCCUCAGCUCAGGGGUUGAUGCUUCUCCCUGCUCCUGUUGAGCUCUAUGGGGUUCUGUUUGUUUCCUCAGCUUGCUGGUGACGAGCGGCCCGCCCGACAGCUCCCUCCAGGUUUGGCAGAUGUCAGCAGAGGAUUCCGAUGUUAUUAAAUCUGUAAGUGCCAUCUCGACAGAAAAUAGCACUGGGGAGAGCUGGGCAAAAAUUGCAACCAUUUCAGCGAGAGCCCCGUGGGUCCUCCAUGGCUCAAGGCUCAGCAGCACCCAGAUCACAGAGGUGGAGUCACAGAAGAAGGUGUACACAGCAGCCUCCAGCAGCAGCGAGGAGCUCGGCAGCCUGGCCUUCCUGGAUGCCAACACGUCAGUGCUGUGCUGCACGGCAGGGCAGCUGUGCGUGGCUGAUAUUCGGCAGCACAGCCCCUUGCAGGCUCUGCCCAUCCCCUCGGCGCAGGGUGGGCAGUGCUGGUGCAUGGCACUUGGGUGCUCUGAGCUGAGCUCCCAGCCCAUUGCGUGCCUCUCAAGUGCAGGGCAGCUCAUCCUGAUGGAUGUAAGGAAAACCUCGCAGUGUUUGGCCUCGGUCAAGUGCAGAGUUCCCUCUUGCAGCUCCAGCGCUGAGUUCCUGAGCGUCACCUGGGCUCCUGCUCUGGAUGGCUGCCUUGCUGUUUCAGCAGAGACCACAGCCCUUAGCAAACCCGGCUCCUGAGGGGGGCUGUGCCAUACAGCACCACCAAUUCAGGAAUUGGCAAGCUUUAUGGAGCUGAUGUGGGUCAGCUUCAGACGUCAUCCUGGGCUGAGACCCUGACCUCAAUCCUAACUGUAAACCUGACCCCAACCCUGACUCCGAAACUCUAACCCCAACCAUAACGUAACCCUGUGACCCCAACUCUGACCUGAACCCCAAACCCUAAGACUAAUCCCUACCUUAACCCUGUGAUCCCAACCCUGACCCCAAAACUCUGACCCUAUCCAUAACCCUGUGAUCCUAACUUUGACCUGAACCCCAACCCUAAGACUAAUCCCUACCUUAACCCUGUGAUCCCAACCAUGACCCCAAAACUAACCCUAUCCAUAACCCUGUGACCCUAACUCUGACCUGAACCCCAAACCCUAAGACUAAUCCCUACCUUAACCCCGUGAUCCCAACCCUGACCCCAAAACUCUAACCCUAUCCAUAACCCUGUGACCCUAACUCUGACCUGAACCCCAACCCUAAGACUAAUCCCUACCUUAACCCUGUGAUCCCAACCCUGACCCCAAAACUCUAAC